GAAUGCGAAUGUUGUUAUUUAUUAAGGAAACUUAUUUUCUUCAUUUUAUUUAAUCUAAAGCACUAUUUGACGCUUAUCUCGCUACAAUACAGUAUGGCGGCGAAGAAGGUACAAGGCUACCUUGAUCAUCAUCGGAUCGGUCCUCUGUUUGAGGAUCUAAUGGCCAAGCUGAUCAAAGAUAAGCCAGAUCAACCCAUUCCAUUCUUGAUAAAAACCUUAAAGAAACUUCACCCAGAGGAUAUUACACACAGUAUUCCUCGCAGUCGUCCACCAUCAGGCAGUAAGCUAAAGUCACCAGUGUCCAGUAGUAUUGGUUUGACAGGAAAAACUAUGACAAGACAUUCUUUUGAUGAUUCAAGUUCAAGAAGAAGUGCAUUGGCAAAGUCAUGGGCAGCUCCAGACUCAUUCUCUGAUACACAUCAUGGACAUCCUGUAAGUGCAAGCAAGGCCACCAGAGAAUACAAUCGGCCAUGGCUCACAGGUAGUAAGAAAGUCAAGCCUGGAGAGGAUCAUGCUCACUCUAAUAAAGAAAACACAAGACAAGGUUUCAAGACACAAAAGACCAAUGAGAAAGUACCUUGGAAUUCCAAAACUAAACUGUCUUCUCAUGGUUUUGAUGAGAUGUUUGAACUUCAAAACAAAAUGGCAAAAAGCCAAGAGACUAAAGCAAAGGAAUACCAUGGAGCACAGUCUUGGGAAGACAGCCAAGAUUUUGAUUCUAGCUUGGACAAAAGGGGUUUGGGAUAUCCACUUGAUGUCAAGAGAAAGACCCUUGAGCCUUCAGAUGUGAUGACAGAUGAUGGACUAGAAGGUGAAGAGUUUAGAUUACCAAGAGAUGUGAAAACAGCAGGAGACAGUAGUGAAGGAAACUCAGUAAUGUCUAGUUACAGUUCUUUAAGGUCAAACAGGAACAAAGCUAAAAGUGCUGCAGAAGAACAUCGCAAACAUUUACAGUCCCUACUACAAAACACCACAGGAAACUGCCAGUCAGAUCACCACAGCAAGCUCACCGAUGAUGAUAUGGAUGAUGCAACAGAAAUCCUAGAGAGCUUCAACGAGCUGGAAUCUGAAGGCGUUGCAAACCCCAGUAAAACAGGAGCCAGGCUUUUGAAGUCUUCAAGAAUGGGAAGUUUGAGCCAAGAAGCAGUGAAAGUCAGCAUCUGUGCAAGAUGUGCAAGGAUAAUAUCUGGGCUUCAAAGUGACCAAAGAUCAGAUGCUGGAAGCACUUCCUUUAAUAGUGCUGGUGAUGAAGACUUCGAAAGUGUUUCUCAAGCAGAAAGCGUGACUGAUGGACCCCGCCGCAUCACGUGGCCUUCAGGUUUUGAUUCUGAAAGCGAAGCAACGACAAAGAAAGGGAUACCAAUGUGGCAGACCUCCAGCCCUCAGCCAGACAAGGGCAAACAUAUGUACAAGAAUUCAACUUUCCUAACAGAUCUAGCACCAAGCCCCAGACGACCACCAUCAGCCUCUACAGAUGACGUCAGUGAUGAUGGGUUGUUUUCAAAACCUGUGAGUAGAUGGCAAUACGGGGGAUACUCUUCUGAUAACGAGACUGAAACCAACUUCCAACGUGCGGGCAGUCCUGACUUGUCUGCAGGUCGACCCUGGACCAGGCCACCACCGGACAGUGCAAGUGAAGCUGGCAGUGUUGACUGGAUACAAGACCGCAACAAGAAGCGAGGUGGUUUUGAGUCUAGAGGCUUCAGACGCUCUGAUAUGACUGACGAUUCAGACCAAUGAAAAUUCAGUUAUCACGCCCGCAGUCAUGUUUAUUCUCACUAGAAUGAUAACCUUUGCAUGAUAUGCGCAGUGGAAAGUCAUCGUGAAGCGUACACAGGGAAAAAGUAUAUUAAUUAAGGCAACAUGGUUGAAGCGUUAAAAAGGCUCAUGGACCAGAAUGAUUAGGAAGAUAUUCUCCUCUUUAUGUUGGAAUCUGUUUAGUAUUUUGAUAACAGGAUAAAUUCUACUUAGCAUAAGAAUAUUCUUCAUAAAAGGAACCUAGCAGUCAUCUUACGUAAUUCUUUUAAGGGAUAGGAAUUACUAGUCAG